AUGUGCUACGAUGUACAAACCCGUCGGUUCUCAUAUUCGUAUUCGGGAUUGCAGCUUCUGGGCGUAUCCGGGGCUAGGCUUUGCUCACCCCGGGUUUCAAAUCAGGACAAGAUCGCCAUUGCAGACCCAAGCCGCUUUGCAAAGUAUUCGGCAGUGGAGAACGUCGAUGAGCCGAGCCCUCGCCUCCACGCGAACACCCUGAAGGCUGUUUACGUCACGAAGGAGCCUGUCCUGCCCGACGACAAGGAGCGGUUCCCGGAGAGGCCACCGGACACCACGCCGAGCGCAAGAACGAAGCAUUCAAGCUGGGCGCGAAGCACGAUGCGCUAUUCCGUGGGCUCCGAGUUUACUGCCUCGUCCUUAUCGGGUGGCACCCUGGGCUCUGAGAAGCACCUCAACUCCGCGAUGGCUUCGCCUCGUCAUGCUCAGCCGGCUGUCGACCUAGCCGUGUGUUCCACAGAUACAGAUGUUGGCAACAGCCGGGGACAUGCGAGGAGGAGGCCGCACAAGGCCCUUUCGCAGCACGGCCGCCACGCGGAGUCACACGAUGGAAGCGAAGUCAGCCCCUGCAGCCGCCAUCACGACGGAGCCGAGUCCAGCCCGUACGUCUAUCACCGCAAGGCAUCUCGCCACGUGCAUCAGUUUGUGCGGCUGACGGAUACCAUGGGUAUAGUACCUUCUGCAGCCCUGGGCAUCGUUAUCAACAACCACGGCAAUGUCUCGGACUUCUACAAGUUGGAUGCGAAACCUUUGGGCGAAGGAAGCUUUGGGGCCGUUUUCUAUGCGACGCUUCGGGUCACAAAGGCAUCCAGAGCGAUCAAGAAGAUUCCGAAGGAGAAAAUGAGGGAAAAGCUGGUCACGUUGAAAACGGAGGUCCAGCUGUUGAAGCUCGUGGACCAUCCGCACAUUGUGAUGCUGCAUGAGAUUUUUGAAGACAACGACGACGUCCAUCUCGUGAUGUCACUGUGCCGGGGGGGCCAUUUGCAGGCUUACGUGAUGCGCUACGGCCGACUGAAGGAGCAGCCGGCUGUCGCUGCCAUGAGGCAACUUUUCCGUGCAGUAUCCUACCUGCACCGGCGUUUUAUCUGCCACAGGGACCUGAAAAGCGAGAAUCUCAUGCUUCUGCAUGAUGAGCCGUUUACAGGCAGCAGCAGAAACACGCUGAAAGUGACGGACUUCGGGCUCGCCACACUCUUUCAGCCGGGCGUUCCACUGACCUCCACAGCUGGCACACCCAGCCACAUGGCUCCAGAGGUCUAUGCCAAGAAGUAUAACCUGGCCUGCGAUCUGUGGAGCUGUGGGGUCAUUCUUUUCUUCGUCGUCUCACGGCUGAUGCCCUUCGAUGCGAACGAGAAAGGCUCCAAGCGGUUCAAGUUUAACUUGAACGUCCAUCCAUGGGACCUCAUUCAUCAGGACUGCAUCAACUUGGUGACAGUUCUCCUGGACAAAUCUGUUCAUAAGCGCGCUACGGCUGCGGCCGCGCUGCAGCACCCAUGGAUCGUGAACAACACUCCAAGGGUGGAGGACGUGGCCAUCCAGCCCAAUGUUCUCGCGCGGCUAAAGCGCUACCGCAAGCACAACCGUUUCAAACGAGCUUGUUUCAACGUGGCCGCCUCUUUCUUGAAGGAGUCAGAAAGGGCGACUUCGGACAGUUUGUUCCAGUUUCUGGACUCCUCUGGCGACGGCCGCAUCUCAUUCGAGGAAAUGGCGAAGUUGGUGGGCGAGAAGGAUGCUCGCGAGAUUUUUGGUGCUCCCGAUCCUGUGGACAAUACCUACAAGCCCUUCCCGUACACGGAGUUCUUGGCGGCGACCUUUGACAGGAAGCAGAGCCUGACAACGGCGGUAUGCAAAACUGCAUUCGCGGCCUUUGACAGGAAUAGUGAUGGCACGAUCAGCAUGGCUGAACUCACUUCCGGGCGCCUUCUUGGCGCUCUUACAGUGGAGGAGAUAAGCGAGACCUUGAAGCAGCUGGACAAGAAUGGUGACCAAGCAAUUGAUUUCCAGGAGUUCAUGGCUGUCAUGAAGGAUGACGAAGAAGGGGGCUAG